GUCUCGCCGCCGCGCUCGUCUCCGCCCUCCACCUUCGAUUCCGCACAACCAUUCCCGGCACCGCGGGUGCUCAUCUCUGUUCGCUGUGUGCGCCGACGCCACCGCUUCCUGCUUCCUUCCGUCCUCUAUUUCCCUCGGGUUACGAAGCAAUCUCCAUUCCACCUCUCGAGCGUCAAGAAAUUCAUUGAUGGUAGAACCUCAACACACCAACUGCAAAGCUAAGAAAAAAAAAGAUAAAGGCGCGAUCUUUUCUCUAUAUUCCUCUUGACGGUGUAAAUCUCCUUUGAUCCUUCACUCCAUUCUAUCCGGUCUGAUUUUUUUUCAUGAUUUUCCGGGAUCAGAAACUGUUCGACGAACCCUCCUCAGAGAAAUCUUAUGUUUUUGGGCAUCCGGUGCUAUUGGCACCUCCCGAAGAAAGGCCUUUGCAGCUCAGGUUUCUCCCUUAGGAGUCCAAUAAGUUUCUUCCAUUACCAGACAAACCCAGCGCGUCGGUGUUCAUCAGAAUCGUGCGUCAAAAUUUCGGCAAUAUUUCCGUCACCUACCCAAUCAUUACUGAAGUCUUCUUGCAGGAUACGAAGAGUUCUGGAAUCUAGAAAAGAGUGGUCGGAGUUGGUGGAGAUUGAAUUACAGAAGCUUAACAUUGAGUUAAAUACAUAUAUCGUUAACCAGGUGUUGAAGAGCUUGUCAAAUUCUUAUACAGCCUACCAAUUUUAUAAGUGGGCGGAAUGCCAACCUGAUUUCAGGCAUGAUCAUUUCACAUUUAAGACCCUCGUCUCCUUGUUGCUCGAAGAUCAAAAUUUUAGCAUUUUGUCAGAGGUUUUGAAAGGAAUAAGUGGCAAUGAAAUUACAGUGCACCGCUCUGUUUAUCGAAUUAUUAUUUCAGGAUUCAUUAGAUCUGGCCAGAUUAACUCAGCGAUUCGUACAUUUGAAGCUAUGUUUGAAUCAGGCUGCCGUAUGUUCAGUAUUGAUUUUAAUAAAUUUAUUGGUGUAUUAAUUUCAAACAAUUGUUUUGACACUGCUGAAAAAUACUACAAUAGGAUGAUAUUGGAUGGAUUUACUUUGAACUCAUUUACCUACUCAAGAUUCAUUUCUAGUCUGUGUUUAGUGAACAAUCUUCUGUUUGCUGAGAAACUUUUGCAAGAUAUGGAUAGGAUUCGUUUAGUUCCAGACAUCUGGGCCUAUAACAUAUAUUUGAAUUGCUUAUGCAAACAAAAUCGGUUGGAAGAAGCUGUAGAAAUUCUUCGUUCAAUGUCCCAGAAAGGAAGAGAGCCGGACAUUGUCAGUUACUCAACAGUAAUCAAUGGUUUCUGCAUUGCUAAACACUUCUCUGCUGCCUUAGAGCUAUGGGAAGAAAUAUUCAAGAGGGGCAUCAAGCCAGCUGUCUCGGCAUCUGGUCCAUUAAUUUUUGGUUUGUGUGAUAAUGGAAAGGUUGAGGAAGCUUAUGAAAUAAUGAUUGGAAUGAUAAAGAUGAAUGCUGAGCUAAAUGUUACGAUUUAUAAUGCUAUCAUAUGUGGUUUCUGCAAAGUUGGUCGAUUUGAUAAGGCCCAAGUGCUAGUGUCUUACAUGCGAAGAAAUGGUUGUGAACCUGACUUGGUCACUUGUAACAUAUUCUUGAAUCAUUACUGCGAUAGAGGUAUGCUCAAUGAAGCAUGGAAACUGAUGGAAAGAAUGGAAAAUAGUGGAAUAAGUCCAGACAAAUAUAGUUAUUCUCAAGUGCUGAAGGGUCUUUGCAAGACUAAUCAACUUGAUAGGGCCUAUUCUUUGAUCACGAAAUGCAUGGAGGUAAAAGGAUUAUGUGAUGUGGUAUCCUGCAACAUUGUUAUAAAUUCAUUUUGCAAGACCAGAAAAUUGGGAGCUGCUUUUAAAUUGUGUAAAGAGAUGAGUAAUAAAGGAAUCUAUCCAGAUGCUAUUUCUUAUGGUCUUCUAAUUCAAGGAUUCUUCAGGGUUGGACAUGCCCUUCAAGCUCAGGAGUUGUUUCACCAAAUGCUUGAGGUUGGUGUUGUUCCAAAUGUGAAUACAUAUAACACAAUAAUACAUUACUUAUGUAGAAAGGGUGAGAUAGAAGCUGCUCGCACAUAUUUUUUUGACAUGGUUAGUAAAGGGCUAUCCCCUAAUGCAAUUUCCUAUUCUACUCUCAUGCAUGGGCUCCUGAAAGCAUUUAAAAUAAAUGAAGCUAUCAGUCUAUUUCAUGAUAUGUGCCACAAUGGAGUUAUGCCUAAUGAAGUGACGUUUACAUUACUGAUUCAAGGACUUAUGGAGGAUGGGAAAUUUGUCCUAGCUCAUAAGAUCAGGGAUUAUAUGAUGGAAAAGGGAUUUGAACUUGACAAAACCCUUUCUGAAAGACUGAUUGUUGCAAUGAAGUCCAAGGACCCAGAAGCCAGUGUCUGAGAGGCCUCAAUCAUAUUUGAGCAGAAAAAACUGCAAAUACAGUGCUCCAGGUUCGUGAAAAGGUGUCAUCUUAAAUAGGAGCUUAAUGCCUGUUAUGAUUGCCAUAGAAUGAAGAGAUUGAUCAGGUGUCUGCCAUCUUAACAUCCAGAAGACAUUUUGAAUCUCACAUGAUGGCAGAGGGGCUUGGGAUGAGUUACAUCGGGGUGAAGAAGUACAUGGGUCCAUUUUUACCAUAACACCCGUGGAUGCCAGCUAUUUGUUGAUUAGAAGGUACAAAUGGUAAGCAAAUGGUUCCAAUUUCAAUUUUUUCCUUUAUAAAAUGUCAACUAAUCUGAAUGUGUUUUGUUCUAUCAUGUUAAAUAGGAUUAUAAGCAAUGCCUAUUGUGGCCUUAUUAUAACUUUAAUGGAAGUUCUAUGAGUUUCUUUAGCUCGUUAAGUAUUAUGUAUAUCCACAACACCUCACAGACUCCCUGAGUCAUUGCUCUAAACUCAACUUCUGCACUACUUCUGACUACAACACUAUGUUUUUUACUUCUCCAUGUUACUAGGUUUUCCAUACAAAGGUACAGUAUUCUGAAGUAUGUUUCCUGUCAUUAACCGAUCUUACCUAUUUGCAUCGGUAAACACAUCAACAUUUCGUUUAUGAGUCUUUUUGAAAGUUAGACUUUCUGGGAGUUUUCUUCAAAUAUCUCAGAAUUCUAUAAAUAACCCCAAGGUGUUCUUCAAACAGUGCAUGCAUGAACUGACUCAUAACAUUGACUGGAAAGUAAUGUCUGGCAGAGUAUGAGAUUGGUAAAUUAGUUUCCCAACUAACCCUUUGUAUUUACUGGUAUCAACCAUAACACUUCCUUUUUCCUAGAGUUUUAUAUUAGGAUCCAUGGAGUCUUUGUGGGUCUACAACCACUCAUUCCUAUUUCCUUCAAGAGAUUAAGGAUAUACUUCUGCUGAGAGACAACAAUACUUUCUCUAGAGCAAGCGACUUCCAUACCAAGGAUACUUUAAUGUUCCCAAAUUCUUGAUCUCAAAUUCAAUUGCUAGGCUUUUCUUCAAUAUUUUUAUUUCAAUCACAUCAUUAUCUGUAAGAAUAAUAUCAUCGACAUACAUAGUAUUGUUGGUGUAAUUUUCCCUGAGUCACUUGAGUUGGCCUGAGCUUGAGUUUCCAUGUUUGACAAUAUGAGAGGAAGGAGUCAAAUAGGUCACAGUUGACCAGAUAUUUGACAAUAUAUGGAGAUUACUGGUGUAAAUUGUCCAUAUGCAAGAUUGACGAUCAAAGGUUGACCAGAAGAGUCAAGUAGAUCAAGGUUGACCGGAUACUUGAUUGGGAAGUCCUAACUAGAGGUUAAGCAAGGGCAAGACCAACGGAAAGGUUGACAGAAGAAAAAAAUCUAAGUGGGUCAGUGUUGACCAGACACUUGGUAUGGGAAAGUCCUAGUGAGUGAAGCCAGGUAAUUGAAAAGUCCUGGUGAGUGAAGUUAGACAGUUGGAAAGUUAUGGUGAGUGAAGCUGGACAGUUGGAAAAUCUCGGUGAGUGAAGUCGGGAAGUUGGAAAGUCUUAGUGAGCGAAGUCAGACAGUUAAGAAGCCCUAGCGAGGGAAGUUAGGCAAAUAGUGAAAAGUCCUGAUGAGUGAAGCCAAGCAAUUGAGAAGUCCUAGUGAGUGAAGCUAGGUAGAGCAGUGAAGUCCUGGUGAGUGAAGCCAGGUGGGAAAAUUUUAGUGAGUGAAGCUAGGUGGUGAAAAACCUUGGUGAGUGAAGCCAGACAUGUGGAAAUCCAGGUGGGUAAAGGUUGACCGAGUGGUGAAAAACCUUGGUGAGUGAAGCCAAACAUGUGAAAAUCCAGGUGGGUAAAAAUUGACCGGACACUUGAUGUAUGAAAGUCCAAGUGAGUUAAGGAGGACCAGACACUUGGCACGAGGAGAAAAGUCAGUGGGCCAAAGGAUUAAUUGAACACUUGGUGACGAAGUCCCAACAGGUCACGGUUGACCAGAUGUUGGGCAAGGGAACCCUAGACUUGAUUAAGCAAAUUAGGGUUAGAGCAAUCGAUUGUUCCUAAGCUAGUUGAUUAGGUAAUUGAUUAGGAGGUUCUUGCGAGAACACAGAAAGAGCCUGAAUUGAUUGGUUCAAUCGAUUAGGCUUGGCCGAAUCGAUUGGUUCAAUCGAUUAGGGUAGGUUGUCGCGAGAACAGAAGGUGGCAGAAUCGAUUGGCCAAUCAAUUUCGGCCAUGCUAAUCGAUUGGGUUAAUCAAUUAGUCAUGUGCUUUUGUCGCGAGAAAAUGAAUCGAUUGAGGCAAUCAGUUAAGAAGGCUUAAUCAAUUGGGAUAAUCGAUUAACGCCUUAUUGUGAGUGAACAGAGAGUUGCGGAAUCGAUUGGGUAAUCGAUUAAGACUCUUUGAAUCGAUUGGGAUGACUCACCAAUCGAUUAGGGUUCAAAAAGAGUCGUUCUAUAGGUGUGCAAACUGUCGGAUGACGUGACGCUUGAUUAGGGAAAAGCUGAAUCGAUUGGGAGGCGUCGAAGAAUCCUAAAAAGGGCUUUCGUCAAGAUUUGAAUAUAUAGAACUCCCCACCUUCACCAAUACUCACUCCAGUUCUUGGGAGCUUAGGGAUGAAGUGUUGCUGCAUUUCUAAGCAUCAAGAGGCAUUUCCAAACAAGAAGAGAGCAAGAUAGUGUUUCAUUAUUGUAAAUCUUGUAAGAUCUCAUUUGUAUUUGCUUAUCCUUUCUCCUUGUUGUAUUGGAGUGUUGUACGUGAUUUCUCCACCUUCGGAUUGUUCCGAGGAGUGUAUUUCAUAGGGGCAAGUGUGUUCGUGUGUGAAUGCUUGGAUUAGUAAUCUUAUCUUGAGGUGGAUACCAAGUAAAUCCUUGCGUUAGCAUUGGUGGAACUUC